AGCUUUAGGUUUCUUAUUAGCAUUACAGUGAAGACGAGCACGAGUCCCAUAGUUUUAUUAUUUAUUGAAUAUGACGUAGCUGCGGAUUUUCAUGUUGAAUCUUAUUUGGUGUCCUGGGUAGUAAGCUACCCAUCAGGAUCAUGCCCGAUAUCAAGCUCCAUCCAUGUCUCAUCAGCAUGGUUCUCUUACGACAACGACUCGUCGCAGCAACGGCAGUACUACUAGUUCUUGUUGUGUCCUCCUCGUCAUUUUGUACUGCGGCCAAGGCUACCAGGUCUGCUCAAAGAAGAGACAUCUUCAAAAGGAACAAAAGGACUAGAACAUCGACUUCUGCACUCAGUUUUUUGCAGCAAGAUGUACUCUCCUUGGCUAUGGACGGGCUGUACCGCUCAGCUGCUGGCACUAGCUAUUGCAGUUGCGAGUGUUGCGAGAGCCACGAGUCAGUGUCCUGUCAAGCACCAUCAGCAUCCUCUUAUGUUGCUAGCUUGUCACUGCUAGUUGUAGUGCUUGUCCUUUCUGAGGACGCUCAAGAAUGAAGUAGCAUAUCUUCCUUAGUACCUUAGUAUUACACUUAGCAUAUCCUUAGUACCUUAGUACAACUACACUGUAGAAGUACGAACUUCGUAGUAAGUCUAAGUGUAGGUACAUCAAUUUUCGCUGCUAGUAGUGCUUGUCCUUUCUGAUGCUCAAGAAUGAAGUAGCAUAAUAUCCUUAGUACCUUAGUAUUACACUUACAGCAUAUCCUUAGUACCUUAGUACAACUACACUGUAGAACAAGUACGAACUUCGUAGUAAGUCUAAGUGUAGGUACAUCAAUUUUCGCUGCUAGUAGUGCUUGAUGUCCUUUCUCCUGACGCUCAAGAAUGAAGUAGCAUAAUAUCCUUAGUACCUUAGUACUACACUAAUUUUCGCUGACAACUGGUUACCAGUGCGGAUACAGCAAGCCUUUCGAUGAUCAGAGUGGAUCUUGCAGCGAGCGUUGUUAUCCUCCAGAUGCGAACGUUACGAAGGAGCAGGAUUAUCCUCUUCCUCACCCAUGUUAAUUUAAUUUUUGACCACAGGAGAAGAAGAACUCAUGUUAAUAGAGUAGUAGAGAAGUGAACACUGUCUAACCCCAAGAGUCGUGGGUACAUUCAUUCAUUCAAUGUAAUUUUUGAGGAGAAGAACAAAACGAACUCCACCUGCCCUUGUAAGCAAUGGAGGCAGGUGGAGUUCGUUUUGUUCUUCUUGUCCUGUGGUCAAAAAUUACAUUAACAUUAGAGGUUUCCGAAUUGCAUCCCUCACUACCAUCCUUGGCUCCUUUUCAAGGGGGAAAUAGGUCAAGGAUGUUCUGAGGAAUGCAAUAUGGAAACCUCUAAUGUUAAUGUAAUUUUUGUGUAAUUUUUGAGGAGAAGAACAAAACGAACUCCACCUGCCCUAAAAAAGCAAAAAAAGUCUUAUGAGAACCACAGUUAGCUUGGUCUAUUCUAACAAGCGUGUGAACGUCCCAAGCGAAGAAAAUCAAGCACGAUUUUGCGAAUUGAACUGUCGCGUUACGAAGGCAGAGAGUGGCGCGACGUGCGAAAUGGCGGCUCCUGUUAAGGCUCCUCGCCAGAAUUUGAUACUGUGCUUCGUUUACAAGAAGUGCCACUGCUUUUCUUUUCUAGUACAUCUCUCUGCAACAACUCAUCUUCAGUGGUUCCUUCAUCAUUUCCGUUCUCGCAGGCUCCUCUCAUUCGUUGAUUCGGAACUUAGCACCUGAAUGAAAUGCUUUGAGCACCUCUAAUCCGGAAAUGAUCCAAAAGACGCAGCCAACAGAAGCCCGCGAAGGUGGCAACCCGUGCGCAUUGGCUGUUUGGUCUAACCACGGCACCGGCCUUGACGUGUUCUUAUUUUUUAGCUUUCUCCAGCAUCGCCAUGAUCUUCUUCCUCGUGACAAGAAGUAAAGUAAUAUCAUGCUGUCGAGUGUUGACGAAGUACUUGUGGAGCCACCUGUGAAAAAUGAUGAUCAUGUAUCAAUAUGUUGAAGAAAGUAAUCUUUAGUAGAUGAAAGAAGCUCCUCCACCAAACUGUGAAUUUUCAGGCAUACAUUGGCGCAGUCCCGCCGUUACCUCUAGUCGAUUCCAACGCUUCUGACUCAUCGGGAGAGGAGACUGGAGCAGCUAGAGAAGCAAAUGCGGAAGAAAAUGAGGAUGAAAACGCAAAGAAAAAAGAAAAAUACGAAAUCGAUUUGCGAGGAGUACUCUUGCUACGUUCUUGUCUAUCUGUAUCUCUACUUGUUCGAACUAUUCAUUAAAAAUAAAUAACAUGAACGUGGAAGCAAUAACAUGAACAUGAACUAUUCAUUAAAAAGUGAGUAAGUAAAAGUAUGCACAUGCAGAUGCAACGUAGGAAUCACUUGAUGAUAUACGACAACUCCGAAUAGUUAUUCGGGCGGACGAAGAUGGCAGAAGCAGCGGGAGCGAUCGCAAGUGCCAAAUUUAAGACCACAAGGAUUUAGCUCUAGAAGUUCAGAUAUUUUUUUAGUGUUACAGUUUCUGAAUUUAGUUCUGAAUUUGAAACCUCAAAAGUAAUACUUUUGAAGUAUCAGAAUCAGCAUGAUGUAGUCUCCAUUGUCUCAAUUGUAUUUGCUCACCUACUUGCUUCUUCUAAGACCCCCGCAAGUGCUCGUGCAACUUACGCUCGUGCUCGGGCCAAAGCAGCAUCAGCGAAAGUGGCUCAAGUCCAAGAGGCAGUAUUGCAGACCGCAAACGAAGGCGUAGAAAGUGCCGCAGAAGCGACACAGAUGCUCACAGCUGCAAAAGAAGACUUCGAAAAUGCAGUGAAAGAUUAUGUUGAACUUCUGUUUUGUUUUUGAUGAUAUGAAUAUGAUAGUGAUUCAUGAUUUUCAUUGCUCGCUAAUUCCCCUUGCAGAAAGCGCGUGUGCUGAGCGAGCAGGUAGCAGGUAUGGCUGUGGCCGAGGCAGUGAAACUGAUCAAGAAAGAAGUGGCACCUAUUGCGAAGAAGACGGCAGAGCUGAAGGCUGAGGCUUAUGGCUGGGACAAGCCAGACUUUUGGCCUCGAGUGGUAGCAGCCCGAGCUGCCGAACCAUAUCAACAACAGAUGGUACAACCCAUGCUCUUUUCAAGUGCAACCAUGGAUGUCCAUGUCGCCAAAGAACUUCAUGAUUUUCAUCAGGGUAAUCAUGAGAUAUCAUCGUCAUCUUCAAGGUAAUCAUCAUGAUCUUGGUCUAGCAUCCACGUCCCCAUUUUCAUCACUAAAAAAUGUAUUUGUCCUCUACCUCCAGGUAACCGCUACCCAGCGUGUGAGUGAGUACGAUGGUCAAGCUCGCCAGCUGAUUGCCAAAGCGAUCGGGAAGCAACACGAAGCACAGUCUGAAGCUGCCAAAGUAACCUCUUUGAAGGAUGAAAUCGAACGGGCAGAAGCAGAUCAUCGAGUUCGACAACUGGUGCGGGAGAGCAAGUUACGGACUACUAGUAGUAAGUAGAUCAGUCACUGAGAUGACAGCACCAGUCCGCAGAUGAUGAUCACUGAGAUCUUGUAGUUGUUCUGAUGCUCCAAAUUUAUUUCAUCCUACGGUUAUUGGCAUCAUCAAGCGCACUGAGACAUCAUGGUGACUUCGAUAUCAGCGCCAUCACCCUCCUCAGCUGCUCGCUUUUUUCCCUCAUCUCCUAUUAUUUCGAAAAAUGAUAAAGUAAAACUAAAAAAAUGAUCUUCUAAGUCCAGCACUAGAGGCUGCUGCACAAGCUGCGUAUGCGACAGCGCAACAAGCGCGAACGCAAGUCACUGAAUAUCAGCAGGCGGCUUUUGCGGCAGCGGACGCUGUCAGUGGAAACUACACAGCGACCUUCAACUCGGCAAAUGCUGUCGUAGCCUGAGCAUGAGCAUCAUGUUUUUAGACAAGUCUAGUACUUGUUGAAGAAGGAAGCCAAGCUGUAAUGUUUCAAGAAUGAUCUCAUACUGUGCAUAGCAAAAGCAAUUAUAGCAAAAAUGAAAAUGUCACCACACACAGCCUCUCCUCCAUGAAGGAGUGCGUCUUCUAGUACCCUACGCAAACAGGGAAAGUCUGAUAUUCUUCUUCUUCAACCAAUGCACCUUAUUUAUCAUCAUCUAGCAAACUAAGAAAUAGUUCGUAGUCGUUUUUUUUGUCCAUGAUAAACAGAAGAUCAAGCGGUAGCGCCGGAUCUCAACGCCGU